AUGGAUUAAGAAAUAAAGAAACUGGAAUAACUUAAAUAAUAAGAAAUACUGUUGAUGUAAUAAAUUUAUGAAAAGAAAGUAAAGUAUGUUUUUGAAUUAGAUUAAUUAUUUGAAUACUAAAAUACAGUUACUAACAGAGGAAUCAAAAUAAAAAGAUAAUGAAUUACAAAAUCUAAAAAAUACAUCAUCAGAGUCUUAGUUCUAAGAAGUGAUUAGAUUUUAAGAGUUUCCAAGUUUGGAUUUGUAAAAAUAAAAAUUAGAUGAAGAAAGAGAUAAAGAAUUAUAAAAAAUAAAAACUCAGUAUUAAACAGACUUAUAAAAUAUUCAUCAACAAAUGAGAAAUAGGGAUAUGAUGAUAGAAUAAUUGAAAUAAGAAAUAAAAAUGUUUGAGCAAUUCUCUCAAUAGAAUUUAGACUAUUAAAAAGUAUAAUUUCUAUCCUAAAUCAUUGAUGUUACCAAUGAAUUGCUAGUUUAAUUAUGA